GCUUCCAUCUUGAUCUCAGUAUGUGAGCUGCGUCUCCGCUCCAUCUACCGGGACCAAAGGAGAAAAAAUAAAGCAGAGACUUUAAGGGUCUAUUACAGCUGUGUGUGGUUAAAACAGAGCUGCAGCCAUGACCCAAAGCCGCACACUGAGGGUAGAUUAUGACAAGACGACCAAGGUUGUUUAUGUGGUCGGCACCGAAAUUAAUAUAAACCUGAACAGGAGUGCACCCCCGGCUACCAAAUCCUUCUCUGUGAAAUGUUCUCCCAAAGUUCAGUGCAGCGUCAGCCACCAGCCAAAGCUCUCAUCCUACCUCUCUCCAAUCAAACUGGAUGAAGGCUCUACUGUUCUGAUCACCAUGAGCUGUGCAAGUGAAGAGGAAAAUGAUAGCAAGCUUUCAAUCUGGUACUACGGAGAAGAUAAAAGCAUCUUGGGGAAAGCCCUUCUUCACCUGACAGCUGUCGAGAUCUCACUGGAUGUGGAUGCCGACAGAGAUGGAGUUGUGGAGAAAAACAACCCUAAUAAGGGAACCUGGAAAUGGGGCCCUAAAGGACAUGGAGCCAUCUUACUGGUCAAUUGUGACUCUGAAUGGAGGUAUGCGAAGACACUAGACAGCGAGCAGAAUUUCAUCUCAACAGACUCAGAUCUGAAGGACAUGUCGCUCAUGGUGCUUCGGACCAAAGGCCCAGCUAAACUCCCAGAGGGCUACAAGCUCACCAUGCAUAUUUCUCAAGGCGAUGCAGAGUCUAUCAGAGUCUUCAUGGUGAAAUCCUCUGGUAACUACUUGAAGAAACACUAUCCGAUGAUGCUUAACAGUGGGGUCCUCACUAGGGAGGUUCCUUACGUUGGAGGUUCAGAGGAGGUUCACUUUUAUGUUGAGGGCCGCAGGUUCCCAGACAAAGACUUCAACGGGCUCAUCAGUAUCAACCUCAGUCUGUUAGAACCUAUUAACCAAGCUCUUCCUGAGACGCCUAUUUUUACAGACAAAGUUGUGUUCAGAGUGGCACCGUGGAUCAUGACACCCAACACCCUCGAGCCUAUAGAGGUGUUUGUCUGCAGUACAUCUGAUAACAAGAAAUUCCUUCAAGGAAUGAGGAACCUCGUUGGAGGGAGCGGUUACAAACUUAAGAUUUGUCAUGAAUAUGUGAACAGGGGAGAUCGCUGGAUGCAGGAUGAGCUGGAGUUUGGCUAUGUGGACGCACCUCAUCACCACUUUCCUGUUGUUCUGGAUUCCCCUAGAGACCGAGAACUCAAUAACUUUCCAUAUAAUGUCCUACUGGGCCCUGACUUUGGAUAUGUGACCAGGGUUCCUCACAGAAGGGAUGUGAGUAGCAUGGACUCAUUUGGUAACCUGGAAGUCAGCCCCCCAGUCACUGUGAACGGAAAAGAGUACCCGCUGGGAAGAAUUAUCAUCGGAGUGGCCUUUCCUACAGCGACUAAAGGACGAAACAUGACGAAAGUGGUUCAAGACUUCUUGUGGGCUCAGACCGUUCAGGAACCUGUUGCCUUAUUUUCUGACUGGCUUGUUGUCGGCCACGUUGAUGAAUUCAUGACAUUUGUUCCUGCUCCUGACAGAAAGGGCUUCCGGCUGCUGCUGACCAGUCCAGACGCAGGUUACAAACUAUUCAGAGGCUUACAGAGGGACGGCCAUGGAAAAGCCAAACUGUUUGAUGGUCUGCAUGAUGAAAAACCAGUAACAGUGGAUGAGAUACUUGAUGAUGAGAACCUUGAAGCUGAAAAUAACUAUGUUCAGAGCUGCGUCGACUGGAACAGGGAUGUACUGAAGAGAGAGCUGGGCCUGGACGAUGAGGACAUUAUCGACUUGCCGAUCCUCUUCAAGAUGGCGGAGGAUGAAGGGGUGCUAAGAGCAAUGCCUUAUUACCCAGAUAUGGUGAACAUGAUAGUGUUGGGGAAAAACCUGGGCAUCCCGAAGCCUUUUGGUCCCAAGGUGAACGGACAUUGUGCUCUGGAGGCGGAGAUGUGCCGUCUGAUGGACGGAUUAGGCCUCAAAUGCACGUUCAUUGACGACUUUGCCGCCUACCACAAACUGCUGGGAGAAGUGCACUGUGGCUCAAACGUCCGCAGGAAAGCGUUUGAGUUCAAGUGGUGGAAUGUGGAGAUGUGAGUGAAAAUGACAGAGGGUGAAAAGGUCUGUAGGAGAAACAGAGGAUGUAUGUACAGUCGGUGGUGAAAGACCUGAAUACUUUUUAAACAGAUUCUUUAACAAAGUUUGGUACAACCUGAUAAUUAUGGAAUCUGACUCAACAUGGUUACUGGUAUAGUUUACAAACUAUUCAGUCUCCUUUUGUCAGUUAAGUUGGUCAGUGCAAAGAUUUAAAAUGUUUUCUUUGUACUUUUGACAAUAAAGCUUCAACCAAAUGCCUUUAAAAAAAAAAACGAACAAACAAAAAAACAAAACAGCAUUUAGUUUACUGUGUUAUCAGUCAUUUUGACAUCACUUGUGCAACUUUUAUUGUAGAUUUCUCUUAUUUUACAAAAAUACCAUCAUUAUUAAUCUGGGAAAUUUACCAUAAUGGUUUCUUUUGUGCAUCCUCUUCAUCUUUACUAAAGCAGUUUAUGUCAGUCUUUACAAGUUUUGAACAAGGCCUUAAUCAGACUGUUGACAAGGACAGAAAUACAAUAAUUUUAACUGAGCUUAUAAAAGAGUUACGCAGAACCUGUUAAUGGUUUGGAUUGUGUGCUGUCAUACAGUGCAAGCAAUCACAUGGCGAUGUGUUACAAUAAUACAGAACCACCAGAGGGCGUAGUCCAUCUAUUCAAGGAGUCAUUCAGUCCUGAGGAAAAUCCUUAGAAAUCAUCUUUAUAUAAAAUCAUUUGAAAAAUUGUUAUACACAUUUGUAUAUGUAAUUAUGUAUUGUGUAAUGCAUAAUUAUCACCAAAACAACAAUCUAUUUUUGAUGUAACUCUUCUUCCAGAGUCAAAUGCAACAUGUAUGAGUGGUUUGUACUUCCAUUUGCAACUACACAAACAGGCAAUAUUUUGUAUUUGAUUGUAUUUCUGAAAAUGCUUUCAAGUUCCAGACAAUAAAUCAUAUGUGCCUUA